UCUUGACCCCCUUAUUGACGGAUUUAGUUCAUAAAACUGCCGUUGGCGCCACAAGACAGUGGUCCGGUUUUAACAUUGUGCUUUAUGAACUUUUUUUAGUUAAUUGCAUUUAAAUGAUAAUUACACAUACUUGGCAGCGUUUUUUAAAAACUCGAUGAGAGAUGUAGGUAUUAUAAAACAUUUUUCCAACGUUAUAAAGAAUUUAUGUGCACAGUUCAAGAAAAUGGCUAAUGUUGAUGUUUGAUAGGUUAUGUUUGUUAUUGUUUUGAAAGAUUAUUUUCAUAACUUUAUAACGUCGGUCAACUACGCGCUAUUGAAAAUCGUGAUUCGUAAUGCUAAUAUUUUAAUGCUUUUUUUCCGGGAGUUAUAUAUGUAGUGUUUAAUUAGACACAGUAGUCUAAUAACUCUCCUAUAUACAAAAUUUCCGCUACGAAAAUAAAGUAACAGUUUGUGUAAAAGUACCAAUUUCUGUGAAACUAAUUAUAACAAGAGCUUAAACUAUGUCGCAAAAUAAAAUUGCAGUGAAAAGUUUGCCUAGUAAAAAAUUGUUUAACAGUGGCUACAGGCCAUUUCAUUCCUCCAUUCCUCUUAUUUGUAGUACUUUGGAUGAUCAGCAAAUGAAUGCCGGGGAGUGUUCCAGGCUGUGGAUGAUUAUUAUUAUUAUUAUUAUUAUAGCUGCAAUUGGGUACAGAAGUGCCCGGUGGCAAGCAUUCGCCCUACUUUUCCCGCACUCUUCUUCUGAACUUGUAAUUUUUAUACCAAAUAUUUAUUACGUUUUUAUCUAAGCUGCCACCCAAAGUACUUUUUGUCCAAAUUAGGUCCCCAAAAAUGUUUAGCUCCAGACCACCACCACCUAGAAUGCCUGGUUGAUCAGAAAAAGUAGAAUUAUAAAACUUACCAAGUAAUGUGAUAAAGAAUGUAAAAAUAAUAUUAAUAAUCAACAUUGAUGUUUGUUUUUAAAACACUUAUAAGUAAGAAUGCAGCUGUAAAAAAAGUAUUAAGAUUUCUUCAAAAUUUGUAGGUGCAAGCAUGUGGGUGCAACGUUUAAAAAUUUUGUUCAUUGACUCAGUGUGACCCUUUGGGAAGCAGAGUGACACAAAUAAAUUGUUCUUACAAUCCGCCAGCUAUUUUCCUGGACUUAACAGUUUCCCUUACUGUUUUAGAUUUGGCAUUCACUGCAACCUUUUAACAUCGUACUUCAUUUCAUUAUAUUUAGAUUGUAUUUUGCAUAUAUUGAGAUAACACAUUUCCUCCCAUUUCAUAACCUUUUCACUUUUGAAAAUCAAGACAUAAUAAAGGAACUUCAGUAUAGUUUCAAUAACACAGAUGCAGUUUUCUUGUUUCAACGAUAACUAGGUAUGUUGUUACCUAGGAUUUCUUUUUUCCAAGCAGUCACAAUAUCUUCAUGAAAAACAAACAUACUACUUUCAUAAUAAAAAUAAGACAGACACACAAGUACUCACAGAUUGGUACUUGUAGAAAGCAAAAACACACAGUUUGUACAACACAUUUAGGUACUCAACAGAUGAAGCUCGCUUAAGCUAACAAAACCAUUGCGACCGCGCUUCCGCACAAAAAUGUCAACCAAACUGUGUGCGUGUGUUUAGUUUCUACAAGUACCGAUCUGUAUAUGUAUGUCUGUCUUAUUUUUAAUACGUAAUUAGUUUCCUAGUGGCCUUUGUCACGCAUUUAUACAUACUACUUGGUUAAUAUAUAAUUUAUGAUCUACAGAAAAUCUUAAACAUCUUAAUGAUCUUUAACCGAAAAUACAAAGGAAACUGUAAAAAUUUUACAAAAUGGAAGGGGAAAGGUGGAAAUACACCUAGGAAGUGCAGUUAUUUUGCAGUACUAACUGGUAAUAAAAAACCAUAUCUGGAGCAAAAAAAUAUUCUGAUGCACCUAACACUAUUUUCCCCCUCUACAAUUAAUGCAGGGCAAAAUUGUUACUAACUUAUUUGUUCAUGUCAGAGUGGUAUUUAAAGCUGAAAGGAAAAGUUACUUAAAGUGUUUUAAAAUAAUUUCUGAACCAUAAUUACAUCAACUCAUCACUAGUCCACAGUCACCACACAUAGGUACAAAAUAUUGUCUGUAAAACAAAUUUAUAACAAAUUAACAAACAAUGCUAAAUCAUUUGCGACUAUUGUUUGAAUAAUGAGAAAGGUUGAAAUUAUGACCAUGCCCAUAAUACUAUACUAAGUUAUGCACUUUAGCAUUACCACCAAAUCAGGAACACCACCACCGAAUUUCAGAAAAAUAGACCAGUUCUAUAGCAUGUAACGGUAACUGCUCUUUUGAACAAUAAAUUUUAACUGAACUGAAAAAUUUUUCUCCGCUGAACAUUGGUACAAAAACACAGCGUAUUGCAUUACUCACAAGUAAUGUUCAGUAUGUAAUGUCCAGUAACUCUAAUUUGCAAUGUAGGGAUUUUAAUAUAACUAAUGGAAUUACGUAACUUAAUAGCAAGUAAGUACAAAUAAAUAUUUUAAAAUCCAUAUAUGUAAACUUCUUGAAAAAUUGUGUAGAUAUCAUCCUUCAUGGCAUGCUAUUACACAGUCUGUCAAAUGUAUCAUUUGUGGAAUGAAUAUGUGUUGUGUAUUCUUCUAAAUAAUUUUUUUAUGCAUUCAAUAAGAGUGAGCUGUAAACAUUCACGAGACAUAAUGUGUGUGAUUAAACACGUGCUUGAACAGUCUUAGGAGCAGGAAAUGAGGGCUAAUUCAGUUAGGUUUUGGUUUGCUAUUUUGUUUAUUUGCAUCAAAUCCAGAUUAUUCCUGUAUAGUGAAAUAUACACAAUGGUAUUGGAGAAGCCACGUUUUACAAUUAAACAUACAUCAAAUAAUACAUGUUAUCAAUUAAAAUAAUAUUUUGCAUAAUCUUAAGAUACUUACAUAAGUAUAUUAUAAUAUAAAUAAAAUGAUGACAUGUUUACAUGGUGUGAAACAUUUUGAGCAGAGUACAAAGAUCAGCAGAACAUAACUUAUCAAAAUUUUAUAAACUAUUGCCAUGAACCCUACUCAGGUUUAUGAAUUUUUAAAACAUUUUUUUAUUCAACUACAUCACUACCUACUUCCUAAAGGUUUAAAAAUUCGGAUAGUUUAAUAUCUAUUAUCAUUGAUAACAGAUUUUUAAUUUCAUAAAAAAAACUUCUUUUGAACUGAUAUUUUAGUGCAUCAGUUCAUAAUUUGCAAAUAUACAACUAAAACAGCCUUAAAUGUAUAUUUGCACAUGACAUAUUUUCUGUGCGAAAACAUCAAUUAAUUCUAACAACCAUCCACAACAAAAAAAACCUAUAACAGUGCAUUACUAUUAAAUUGGUGAGUAUUCUCAUUUAAUAAUGAACAAAGGGUCAUCCCAACAUCUUUCUACGUAUCUAAGCACCACAGACCUGAUCCAGGAGAUUGCAGAUGAUAGACAAUCCCUCUAUCGAGUUCUUUAUACAUAGUAACUUUUCUACCAAAAAACAUAAUAAACCUAUACGUAUAGCUUACUUGCCACUAUUUUGACAGCCCUGAAGGUAUUAUGCAACUGUGGAAACAGUCGACUUAUCACUAAAUAACUGUUAGUACUUUGGUUGCAAAUAAUAGGGUUAUUUGAGCUACUAUGUUAUUUUGAAUAAAAAGUAAAGUUUAGCUAGUGUACUGAUUAUCAAUUUUUAAAGUGUUCAUUUUUAUGAUAAUCAUGAGACAACAUUUUCAUGUAUACAUUUUUCAAGUUGUUUGAUAAAUAUACCAAACAAAAUAUUGCGAAGGAAAAACUGAACUAAUAGAUAAAAUAACUCGUUUACAGAAACUAUAGACAAAUAAACUCACUAGAAUUUAAUUUUCAUAACCCUACAUGGUAAAUAUGUAUAGAUAUAAUGACGUCCCUCGGCUUCAGGUCCCCGUUUUCCCGUUGAAAUAAAUGUCCUGUUAUGCCCGUACUGCCCUCGUCGGAGAGGUGUGGGUCCAGGCCAACGUGGCCGGGACCGGGAAAGGCGGGACCUGGAGGGAGAGUGAAGUGAUUGCGAGGAAUGUUGGUAGGUUGUCGCAAGCAGAACACGGCAUUAACGAAUUUCACGAGCCGUCUUUUAUUAACGCUUAUAAAGUCCUGCCGCAGCCUGGCGGAACCGUCGCGGAACAAGUGCCCUACCACGGCGACACGGACUCCCUGAUGACGGGGCGGUUCUCAAAUACGUUUCGGCGCGAAUCGUAAAGUUUAUUAAUGCUAGGCUGACCCAGUGAGAGAGGGCCCGAAGACGGAGCGCUGUACAUACGCGGCCCGUUACGUAAUGUUCCGUGGACGGCGAAAAGUUCAGAGACUCGUAGCACCACGUUCGCGUUGUAGAAACUGCUCGCUAGACACGUCUCCCGAUGACUCGUAAGUUAACAAUGCUAAGCUGAUUCGCGGUGGCAGCUCAGCUGCCGUGACAGACUGCGGACUGAGCGAACGUUCAAUCCCGAGCGCAACGUGCGCGGCUCGCGGAGCAACGAACACGUCUGUCUCCGCUCGAGACCAGGACGCGACUGCCUCUCCCCGCUCGCCCGCGGGCCGGCGCCCGCGGGUGGCGGGGAGGGAGGGGAAAAUCGGCCGGCGUGGGAGAGAGCUCCGUCCCGCGGCGCGCCAGGCUGCAAUUACAUACUAUGGCGAAACACUUCAGAAAAAGUUAUUGAAUUAUUUACAAAGACAUACACGAGACAUUAAUUACACAGCGAACUUGCACAAUGAAUAAUAAAUAAAAUAAGUUAAUUACACACAUUCAAAUCCCUUAAUCGUUUACAAAUAUAUACACACUGAAAUAAAAGAUAAAGUCACAUAGAAAAACACUCGUUGGCAUGCUAGGGCGCACGCGGGUGCGUCCCUGGCCGUCGCACACACUGGGGUUCACGGGGGGGGGGGGGGGAAACAGGCCCCCUCAGGCCCGCGUCGGUGGCCAGGUACGGCCUCUGUAUCUGGGAGGGUACGACGACUGUCGUCAAUAUAAACAUAUUACAUGUACACAAAUCAGCAAGAAAUAAUUACAAAAUACUUAUGUAGCAAUGCAGCUUCAAUGAAAUGUUUCUCGCCUACGAAAUUACUACUUUUUAAUAUAAAGUCCUUCCUCGGCAUUGCUGCCUGCCACAACAAUCGGCGUUGUUCAUGUUUGGGUGCACUGAACACACUUGUCAAAUGAACGGUCGCAAUUUGUUUUACAACCUGGAGCAAAAACGCGAUUUGGCAUUGUACAGCACGAUGAAUUAUUUGAACUUGGUUAAAAAAAUUAGAAGGUUCACAUUACUUCAAAAAUUGCCUCCAAUAACCUCUCCACCAUCCCGCCCCAAACAGGAAAAUCAACAUUACUCAAAACUUGCACACUUCAAUGUUCAGUUUGGUGCGCAUACAUAACUUUUUUAAUAUAAAUAGUAAACAUCAAAAAUAUAAAACAACUACCCUUCUUGACAAACGAGUAUUACUGAUUUAUAUAAAACAAUUCCUAUUGUCAACACGCUAAAACCGGACCACUGUCUUGUGGCGCCAGCGGCCGUUUCAUGAACUAAAUCAGUCAAUAAGGGGGUCAAGUUGAAUGCAUGGCAAGAUAGACAAGUGUCCAGACCUGUAGUUCUAAGGCCGUGACUGCAACAGUAAAUAAUAAUUACAUAACUAUUUGGCGGGAAUUUGCCGACCUCCGUAGCGUAGUCGGAUGCACACCGGCUUACGGUGCGAGGGGUUCUGGGUUCAAGUCCAGGGUACGGCAUGGGUGUUAAUUUACAGUAAGAGAUUUGAUUGCUACGAUAGGAUUAAGAUUGGAAUGAUUUAGUUCUGGUUGUGGGCGAAAGCCGUUAACCAUACAAACAACUAAAAAAAAAAAAAAUUGUGGCGGGAAAUGUGUUUGUUUUUAUUCAAAUAAUUUCUUGUAACUUUGUGUAUGCGUACCAAAUGGUUACGUUAAAACUUUCGGUUCAUUUAUUGUGUAAGCUUUUAAAAUUACUGAUUGAUGUCGAUGUAAAUCCAGAAUAUUUGAGACUUGCGAAGUUCAACACGGAUCGAGAAGAUGUUGUGCAGGGACUGCAGGAUCUGGUGAGCCGCUUGCAGGCGCCAGACAGUCCAGGUGCCACGGCCGGUAAGCUGCGCUGCUCUCGUCUACACGGCAGGCCGGCUGGGGUGUCGGGCAGUCGGCAACUGCUGUUGGCCAUAGCGCGGCUGGUCGCGGGUCGCUUGCUCCACCGGCUCGCCUUGCAGCGCAUCAGCUCGUUGCUGUCUGGCAUGCAUCUGCCUACUUCUCAGGAGGUGGGCCCCUCCGAGCGGGGUGCGCAGCCUCUGUGCCACCAGGGCCACCACGCCCUGUGGCUGGCCGGCCGAGUGCGCCACGCUGCCCACGACCUGGUGGAGCUGGACCAGGUGCCCGUGGGGGAGAUUGCACGGCUGGGGGAGGUUCAGAGGCGGCUGCGACGCUGCGCAGACCUGGUGCCAGCAUACUUGCACGCUGUUAUCAUAGCUGCAGACCUCUUGAACAUGCUCAAGCAGUGGGACAAGUGUGCACAUCUCUUCCACUCGUGGGUGGGUACAUCUUCUCUCUUGAUGCACCUGUGUCGCAGGGUGGCGUGUGCCUUCAUCAGGAGUGUACCUAUGCUCCAGGGCGUGCUUCUGAACAUCGCUGUAUAUUAUCAACCGUACAACAUGUCAUAGCAUGUCAGGAUAGCAGAGUCCUUUAGAACCGGAUGUUUUCCAUGAGAUCCGUUCAAGUUACCUUUAUAAUUUUUUUUAACUAUCGGGUGGGCACAGCAUUGUUAUAUCUUUACAGGUACGUACAAGGCGUACUCUAUUUGCUGAGAGUUCUAAUAUUUUUUAACUCUCUUUCCGGUGAAAUGUGGUUACCUGAUAGUGCUGGAGAUUGUUAUUUAUGUCUCUGAAUAACCAUCAUAAAUCAGAAUUGUUCUUUAUUAGUUUUCUCUAAAUUUACAUUGCUGUUUGCUUGCUAAACAUAAUGAAAAAUAAAAUCCUCCACAUACUUAACCAUAAAAAAUACUGAAAAUUUCAUAGUUUUUUUCUCGUUGAUGGGAAAAAAAUCUUAAGAGAUUCCAAAACUUCUCCCGAAUCCCGGGAUCGUGCACAGCCAUGUGUGUGAUCUUUUUAUGUUCAAGGUACCACGCAAGUGCUACCACAUUAUGCUCUUGAGAAGUACUUUGUCGCAAAUUUAUAGUAUAAAUAUUUUAACCUAAUGUUUCAUGGACUUUUUAGUAAUUCAGAACAUUCAGGAAGACAACUUUGAAAACCCUGGGAUUUAAUAUUGCUAAACAAAGGCUAACCUUUAACAUUUCUGGCUUCUAUCACCAUUAGUAGCAGCCGGGUGUUAACAGCUGACGGAUUUGUGUGUGGGGUUCUCUGUAUUCAUAAAUAGGCUGUUUGUAACCAUUUGUAUAGUGCCUUAGUCAUUCUUAAUUUUUGGUUAAUUGUACAACCUAAUUUUCUCAGGGUUUGAUUGCCCCAUGAUGAUUUUAUUAAUAUAAAUUUUGCACAAGACAGCCACAUGAACAUAUUAAAAUCAUCUCCCAAAGACAGGAACCAAAGUAGCUGGAAAACAGAAGUAAUCAGGGGUGCACAACUAUAGAUCUUAAGAGAGAAAACCUGGUGCUCAAGACUUUAAUUAGCUAUUCAUGAUUUGAAAGGCAGAAAUUAAGUAUGAACUUUUUAAAAUCUAGCAGAGUUUGUGUUCUAAUAAUGAAUUUCAAUAAUCCUAGUCAUGUGCUCAAGAAAUCCUCAACAAUAAGAAAGCAGAACGCGUGGGUUACUCAAGGUGUCGGGAACUGUGGUCCGACCAUUGACCUACUUCUGAUGCAGCAGGAAUUGCGUGACAUCAGAAGUAAUAACAAGAAUCUGUGUCAACAAAGAAGGCUUUGUUGUAUGCAGCAUGCAUACAAGUGCAAAUCCACGGAGAACUCCAAUGCAAAAUCGUUUCCCCAAGAACACAAGAUAAUGCCAAUGCACGUGGGCAUAAGAAAUAUGUCAUCUCUUAAAAUGAUCACCAAAUCUACCUUCAAAAAAAAAAAAGAUAUUUUUGUUACUCUAUUUGGACCCUCUGUCCAAGAACAGGAGAUUGUAGACUAUACCACUAAUGAACUCUACCUCAUAUGCCUCAUUUCACGUCUCUAUUGUGGAAGAAGACUUUAAUAGAAUCAACAAUAUGGUGUUCUGGCAGAAUGGAUGAUUAAUUAGCCCCUUGUGGAAAAAUGCAUCUUCAGCAAAUGGAAAAUGCAAGUAGGGCUAGCCCUAAGCCCUGUCUGACAGUUUCAUCGUUAGACACAGUGGCAUAGAUUCCACUUCAGUGCCCUGAGAAACAUUGUGAUAGUUCCCACGCACAUCUGAUUCCAAGGAGUGAGAAUUGGCAUAUCAAAAUGUCAGAGGAUUGAGAACAAAAUCUCUUGAAUUUCUUGAAAAUCUCAUAAACUCCCUACUUGGUACUAUGAUAGCAUCUUUCUCAUGGAAACUUGGUUUAAUGAUCAUCAUAGUAUCAAUUUUCAUUACUUCAUGGACCAAUAUAUCAUCAAUAGAAAUUAUAGAAUGCUUUACUUACAAUGAAUGAAAGUUGUAGUGUUUUGAUAGCAGUUAAUAAACUCAAAUUUACAUCAGUUCAGCCAAUACAUAACUAUGACUGUUCUGGAAUAGAAGCUAUUUAAAAAAAUUAAAACAUUGCCAACCAUUUUUCUAACUCUUGGUAAUGUCUAUUUAUCCUCACCAACAACUUAAAUGUAGGCCUAUAUCUUUCUUAACUUGAGGUGUUAGAAGACAAAAUUGUCACAUGUCAAGAUGAUUUAAUGAUACUUGAUGACUUCAAUUACCUGGUGUCCAAUAAAUAUGUCGCAUACACAUAUUAAAAACAAGGUGUAACAUGCACUUAACUUUGCAUUAAGUCUUGGACUAAUAAAGUGCAACAUAUCUUAGUUAUCUAAACAUCUUUCAGAUAUUUGUUUUACCAAAUGUAUAGUAACUCAAGCGUUUGAAGAAGACUUAUCAUCCUGCGUUAAAUUUCAAAAUUAUCAUUUAGAUUUUCCCCUCCAAUAACCAAACAGAUUCUGACUUUAAGAACUAUAAAAAUGGGGAUUAUCUUGGUCUAUAAAAGUUCAUGAUUGUUCCAAUUUUAAUAAAUUCUCCAGUGUCAUGAUCUUGUUGAACAAUUAAAUUCUUGUUUGUGUAAAAAAACUUAAUUCCUUCAUACCUUUGAAGCUCGUAUGUUGUACUGUUUAGAUUUUAUGAAUUUUUGAAUUUGUAUACUUCUUUUGUGCUCAUUCUGUAUUAUAACUACGUAGUGUCCCAGGACUACAUAAGUCUGGACCAGGGUGUCCACAGUUAGUACUUUCGUACUAGAUCUAGUACUUUUAUAAGUUUUUUUAGUGGUCUAGUACAUUUAUGCUCAGAUCUAGUACUUUUUUCUUUAAUAUAAUAUUACUGUAACUCCAAUAUGUUUUUUUAUUAAGCGUAAUUAUUUUUAAAAACUAUGGAAUGUAGUUAUGUGUGUGGGGUGUGAUAUUUAAGUUUGAGCGUUGCAAUGUCGUAAUAACAUCCAAAAUUGUUAAAACCAUAAAAAAUUAUAAUUUAGUAAAUUUUUUUUCAAAUCUAGUACUUUUUUUUCACCUAAGUUGGUACGAAAUAUUUUUGUCCUUGUGGACACCCUGGUCCGGACAGACAACAAGACUGCUGCGUGCGACAAGACAAUGUCUAUAAUGAAAGGUUCUAUUACCUUUGUUUACAAAGCUUAAUAAUGUGUCCGUAAUUGGUGGUGAUAUUUUGUUUUCAAAUUUUAAUGACAAACAUGCCGUGCAUUGAAUCAUUCACACAAUUUUUCAGUUACUGUUUAGCCUAACCGUAGUGAAAUAAAACUUUUAAUAUUUGCUGUAUCUUUAAAAGUCACUUAUUGUUCAUGUUUUUGAUAAUUAAGUCCAAUGAAAACAUUGAAAAACGAUAUUUUUUUCACACAAAAAAAAAUUAACCUCAGCAGUGAACAUUGGUAUACGACAAACUCACGAGGUAUGCUAUGUCAAGUAUUCAUUAUUUCAAAGUGUUUUUAUUCAAAGUUGAGUUGAAUACAAAAGAUAAACUAUUUGUAUUUGAAAAUUUGAAUGUUCGCACAAGCCUAAAAAGAAAACAAAAAAAAAUAAAUUUUAGUAUCUAUAAAA